CAAAGUCAAAAAUUAAAAUGUGUUUGGGCCUGAGAUUGUGUCUAUGUAGGUUAUAUUGUGUUUAAAAUUUGAGUUAUUCCUGUGAUUUAUUGAAACAAAGGAUUCGUCACACUGUGAUAAAAUAACACUAUUUCAAAUAAAUUAUUUUUAAUACAUAAAAUCCACAACUUACGAGUAAAAUGGCUGCAGCAUACGGAAUACAUUUGGGAAACAGCUCGGCUUCUUUGGCUUCAUAUUCUAAUGGUGCGCCGUUAAUCAUUGCUAAUGAUGCUGGAGAUCGAGUGACGCCUGCUAUUGUAGCGCUCAAUGGCACAGAAUGGGAGAUUGGACUGCCCGCCAAAUCUGGACAGCCCUCAUCCAAAUCUAUCAUAAAACAUAACAAGCGCCUCAUGAACACUGACUUCAACGCGGAUGACCUCACAUACGUCGAGACCUCCUCAUCGUGCCGCAUCCAGAAUGACGACAAAGUGGUAUAUGAGUUCGAAACAAGUGAAACUACACUCUAUUCUAACCCUGACAACAUUGCUACGAAAAUAUAUGCAAAAUUAUUUACCAUUGCCAGUCAUGCUAUGAGCAAUGAGGGUGACCUGAAGCUAGUACUGGCUGCACCACUGCAUUGGUCCACUGCAAGUACAGAAAGGCUCACAAAGUGUGCUGAACUGGCUGGUUUUGAUGUAUUACAAGUUAUCAGUGAGCCCGCAGCUGCACUCCUUGCCUACAACAUUGAAGAGACUGCAGAGGAUGUGAACGUAUUAGUCUACAGGCUUGGAGGUUCCUCAUGUGAUGUUUCUGUAGUAAAGGUUUCAGGUGGAUUCAUGACUAUUGAGAAGAAUAUCUAUCGAUCAGACCUAGGUGGCCAGUGCUUGACUAAAGACUUAGCUGACUAUAUUGCACAGGAGUUCAGACAAAAAUGGAAAUUAGACCCUCAAGAAAGUAGACGCGCUAUGGCAAAAUUACUGAUACAUGCAGACAAUUGUAAACAUGUCCUCUCAACACUCAACUCAGCUCAUGUAUUUAUUGAAUCACUGUUAGAUGGUGUUGACUGGAGCCAAAAUGUAUCCCGUGCAAGGUUUGAAAAUGUGAUUUCAGCAAAGAUAAACAAAUACAUGGAGCCUGCACAGCAAGUCAUUGAAAGCUUUGGUGGUCCAAUUCAUAAAAUAGUUAUCUGUGGUGGUAGUAUGAAGAUACCCAAGCUGCAAUCAGCAAUUGCUAACUUGCUGCCUGAAGCUGAAGUACUUUCUGGAAUAAGUCCAGAUGAAGUAAUCGCAGUGGGAUGUGCCAGGGAAGCAGGAUUAUUGUUGGAUAUUCCAGAAUUCUCACUCAAUGACUUGAACACAGAAGUUGAAUUUUUGGGAAAAGAUAUUUAUCUGAAGUAUUUAGAUCAAACGGUUCAACUGUUUAAGGAAGGAACUGCUCCUUAUGCACAAAAUAUUCAGAGUAUUGAUGCAGGAGGUGAUGUGACUGACAUAAGUUUUACAUUGCAUGAAAAUCCAGACAGUGAAGAGUUUGCUACUGAAACAUUCAAUGUUGAAAGUUUAAAUAAACCAUUCACUUUAAAAGCAACAUUACAACAAUCAAAUGUAUUGUUACAAGUAGAAUAACAUUUCUGUAACUUAUGAAAUUAAAUAUAUUUGUCUAACAAUUC